GACGCGACGCGACCCUCGGCCGGCAGGCAGCGCAUAAAUUCAGAGCACCGCCGCCGGCUCAGUUUCGUCUGGCUGGCUUGGCAUCGGCACGGCACCCGGCAACAGGCAGCGCACGAUGGCCACCCACGCUGCUCUCGCCGCGUCGCGCAUCCCCACCAGCGCCCGGCUGCACAGCAGGGCGGCGUCCAGGCAGAGGGUGGACUUCGCCGACUUCUCCGGGCUCAGGCCGGGAUCAUGCUCCGUCAGCGCCGCCGCCAGGGAGGCGUCCUUCUCCGACGUGCUCGGUGCGCAGCUCGUCGCCAAGGCCACCGGAGAGAACGCCGUGAGGGCGCCCGCUGAGGCGAAGCUCAAGGUGGCGAUCAACGGGUUCGGCCGCAUCGGCCGGAACUUCCUCCGCUGCUGGCACGGCCGCGAGGACUCCCCGCUCGAUGUCGUCGUCAUCAACGACAGCGGAGGCGUCAAGAACGCGUCUCACCUCCUCAAGUACGACUCGAUGCUCGGCACCUUCAAGGCCGACGUCAAGAUCGUCGACGACACCACCAUCAGCGUUGACGGCAAGCUCAUCACGGUCGUCUCCAACAGGGACCCGCUCAAGCUCCCAUGGGCUGACCUCGGCAUCGACAUUGUCAUCGAGGGUACCGGAGUCUUCGUCGACGGCCCGGGCGCCGGGAAGCACAUCCAGGCCGGCGCGAAGAAGGUCAUCAUCACUGCUCCGGCCAAGGGCGCCGACAUCCCGACCUACGUCGUCGGUGUCAACGAGGGCGACUACGACCACGGUGUGGCCGACAUCAUCAGCAACGCUUCCUGCACGACCAACUGCCUCGCCCCAUUCGUCAAGGUCUUGGACGAGGAGUUCGGGAUCGUGAAGGGAACCAUGACGACGACCCACUCGUACACCGGCGACCAGAGGCUGCUGGACGCGUCCCACCGCGACCUGAGGCGGGCCCGCGCGGCGGCGCUGAACAUCGUGCCGACGAGCACCGGCGCCGCCAAGGCCGUGGCGCUGGUGCUGCCCCAGCUGAAGGGGAAGCUGAACGGCAUCGCGCUCCGCGUGCCGACCCCGAACGUGUCGGUGGUGGACCUGGUGAUCAACACCGAGAAGAAGGGCAUCACGGCCGACGACGUGAACGGCGCGUUCCGCAAGGCCGCCGGCGGCCCGCUCAAGGGCGUCCUGGACGUCUGCGACGUGCCGCUCGUGUCCGUCGACUUCAGGUGCUCCGACGUGUCCUCCACCAUCGACUCCUCGCUCACCAUGGUGAUGGGCGACGACAUGGUCAAGGUGGUCGCCUGGUACGACAACGAGUGGGGAUACAGCCAGCGCGUUGUCGAUCUGGCGCACCUGGUGGCGGCCAAGUGGCCGGGCGCGGCGGCGGCGGGCAGCGGCGACCCCCUGGAGGACUUCUGCAAGGACAACCCCGCGACCGACGAGUGCAAGGUGUACGAGGCAUGAGGGGGCCGUGUUCUCUUCAGAAACGACUGUAACGAAACACGUACGUACGUACAUUACGAUCGAUCUGGAAGAGGGCAGGAUAACUUUGUUGCGCUAGGGUUCACUGCCCGGUGUUCCUCCAUAGAGAGUACACAUACUGGUUUGCCGAGAGAGACGGACGGCGUAGCAGAAAUGGAUCUCUGUUUCUGUGAGGUGUAGUCAUCACUGAACUCGUACAGGCUUCCUUCAGAUUUCAUUUCCUGUUGGGACUGCUGUGUGUUUGUUUCAGUUUUCCAUCAUCGUGAUGAUGACUUGAUCUAUAAAGAUAUCGUGUCACCA